UAUUUCUCUUAGUGCUUACAAAAACAAAACAGAAGAAUAAUUUGGUUAUAAUUCAGUGCAAAUGAACUACUAGUAUUAUCUGUAGUUAUCUAUUUACAUUUUAAUAUUAUAAUUAAAUUAUGUUAUACAUUGAUUUUAUAUACUUCAAUGAAAGGUUUAUUUAUAAAAGUUAUUUUAAAUAUGAUUUGUUUGAAGAAGCGGCUUAAAAACAUUACUCUUUUGUUAGUUUUAGUGAUGGUGCUUUACUUUUUCGGGGCUUUUCAUCAUUUUUUUGAAAGAGACUUUUAUAAUGAUUUUCAUUACCCAUAUGAUGGUGAUAUACAACCAUUUAUUGAACAAAUGAAAAAUAAUGUAACCCCUGAAAUAUUACCUAUUAAUCAGUAUUCUUUUAAAUAUUAUAAAACUUGUACCCAUAAAUGCACUAAUAUUAAGAAAUUACGAUUAGUGUAUUUAGUCAAAAGUGCUCCAGAAAAUUUCGACCGUAGGAUAGCAAUCCGGAGUAGUUGGGGCUUUGAAAGAAGAUUUUCUGAUGUUGAAAUAAGGACAGUAUUUCUAAUAGGUGAAAAAAAAUCCAAAGUACUACAGCAAUCUGUCGAUGAAGAAUAUAAACGAUAUUUGGAUGUUGUUCAAGCAAAUUUCACUGAUAGUUAUUAUAAUAAUACUUAUAAGACUAUGAUGGGUAUACAAUGGGCUGUCAGAUAUUGUCCAAAUUCUAAUUUUUAUAUGUAUGUAGAUGAUGAUUACUAUGUUUCUACUAAAAACGUUUUACGAUUCUUAAGACAUCCAACUAAUUAUCCUCAAUAUAUAAAAGAUCCUUUUGCUGCAGCUAAUAAACUUUUAAGAAGAAGACGAUUUAAAAGUUUUGAGGACAGUACUAGACUAUAUGCAGGUUAUAGAUUUCAUUCAGCACCACUUAGACAUUUUUCAAGUAAAUGGUUUGUUUCCCUAUCUGAAUACCCAUACCAUAUGUGGCCACCUUAUAUUACAGCAGGAGCUUAUAUCCUUUCUUCGAGUGCAUUGAUAGAUAUGUUUUAUGCAAGUUUCUAUACCAAACACUUUAGAUUUGAUGAUGUUUAUUUAGGUUUAUUAGCUUUUAAAACAAAAAUUGAUCCUUUGCAUUGCGAAGAGUUUUAUUUUUAUAAAAAGACUUAUUAUAGAUUUGAUUAUAAUUUUACUAUUGCCACACAUGGGUAUAGCGAUCCUAAGGAGUUGUUGCGUACUUGGACUGAACAAAAGAGUCUUGGGAAUGCUUGAUAUUUUUCAAAUUACUUUGUUAUGACAUAAUAUAACAAAAUUAUCUUUAUUACACAAUUGAAAACUGAAUUUAGAUGUAGUGUAUUGUUGAUGUUACAUUAGUUUAUAUGAACUAUUUCUAUGAAUAUUUUUCCUUAACUUUUUAUUGUAAUAAUUUGCUUAUUGUGCCUUUAGAACUAUUAGGAAAGAAUCAUUUAGUGUGACCUCAGAUUAUUUUCGUACUGAACUAAUUUCUAGGAAAAUUUAGAAUCAAGCUCUGUUUAUCCUAUAUACACUUAUACUUUUUUAUUUACCCACGUUUCAAUUUGGGACCAGUAGAUUAUAAUUCUUAAGGAAAAUCUGUCAUUUUCUGUACUAUAUAAACUGUUAUAUAAGUACCCAGUAAAGCAAAAAAUGGCUUAUAUAUUAUUUUCUAUGCAUUCAAUAUUAAAUGUAUGAUAUAUUGUUUAUAUAAUCCCUAAAUAAUUCAUACUCUGUAAAUAGUUUGAAUCAUCCUAAAACAACUUUAAUUAAAGGAAUUACUAUAGAUUAUAACAAACUUUCCCUUGUCUAUUCAUUUAUUUACCCAUAUACCUAAUGAAAACCAAUUUACAUCAUACAGAUGAAAACAAGUAUGAAAUCAUUUUAGUAUAAUUGUUAGAAGUUUGGUAUUUUACAGCUUUGUACUAUAAAGUUUAAUGAGGAUUGUGAGAAUUGUACUUUAAGGUAUGUUUAAUAAAUUAUUUGUAU